GCCGCCAUGUUGGCGCGCUGCGGUUGGCGCCGCCUGGCGCCGCCCGCGGCAGCGCGGUCCGAGAGGCGCCGGGCCGGGAGCGCGGCCCCGCGCUACGAAGUGGUGGUGAUCGGCGGCGGCCAUGCCGGGACGGAGGCGGCGGCGGCGGCCGCUCGCGGCGGGGCCCGCACGCUGCUGCUCACGCACAAGAUCGGCACCAUCGGCGAGAUGUCGUGCAACCCUUCCUUCGGCGGCAUCGGGAAGGGGCACCUCAUGCGGGAGGUGGACGCCCUGGACGGGCUGUGCGGGCGGAUCUGCGACGUCGCCGGCGUGCAUUACAAAGUGCUGAACCGCAGCAAAGGCCCGGCCGUGUGGGGGCUGCGCGCGCAGAUCGACCGGCGGCGGUACCGGGACGGCGUGCAGAAGGAAAUCCUGAGCACACCCCUGCUGACAGUCCGUGAGGCCUCUGUGGAAGACCUUCUCCUGACAGAGCCAGAAACAAACCACCCUGGGAAGUGCCAAGUCACAGGCGUUGUUCUGGGGGAUGGCAGCACGGUGAGUGCUGGGAGUGUCAUCCUGACCACUGGGACGUUUCUGAGGGGUGUGAUCCUCAUGGGGCUGGAGACGCAUCCCGCUGGGCGCCUGGGAGACCAGCCGGCUGUGGGGCUAGCCCAGACUCUGGAGAAACUGGGAUUUACUGUGGGCAGGCUGAAGACUGGGACACCACCACGCCUGGCCAAAGACACCAUCAACUUCAGUGGUUUGGAAGAGCGUGUACCUGACAACCCUCCUGUGCCCUUCAGCUUCCUCAGCAAGGCCGUGUGGAUCAAGCCAGAAGACCAGCUGUUGUGCUACCUGACUCACACUAACCUGAAAGCUCAGCAGAUUGUCCUUGAUAACCUCCACCUGAACGACCACGUGAGGGAGACAACGAAGGGCCCCCGAUACUGCCCCUCUUUUGAGUCAAAGGUGCUGCGCUUCCCGAACCGUGAACAUCAGGUCUGGCUGGAGCCUGAAGGCUUGGAGUCCGAUGUCAUUUACCCCCAAGGCCUGUCAAUGACGCUGCCACCUGAGCUCCAGGAGCAGGUGAUCAGAUCUAUCCGGGGCUUGGAGAAAGCCAGGAUCUUACAGCCAGGCUAUGGAGUGCAGUAUGACUUUUUAGACCCCCGUCAGCUGACUGCUUCUCUCGAGUCUCGUCUCGUUCAACGGCUCUUCUUUGCAGGCCAGAUUAAUGGCACUACGGGCUAUGAGGAAGCUGCAGCUCAGGGCGUGAUUGCUGGGAUCAAUGCUUGCCUACGGGUCCAAGGCAAGCCCCCUUUCAUUGUCAGUCGCACUGAAGGGUACGUGGGUGUUCUGAUAGAUGACCUUACUACUCUGGGUACCACUGAGCCGUACCGGAUGUUCACCAGCCGCGUGGAGUUCCGCAUGUCCCUCCGGCCUGACAAUGCCGAUGCCAGGCUGACCCACAGAGGCUUUGAGGAAGCUGGGUGUGUGUCACAGCAGCGAUACGAGCAAGCUGUUCAAAUGAGGGCUGCUUUAGAAGAUGGAAUUGCAACACUAAAAUCCCUUCAGUUCAGUAUAUCCAAAUGGUCCCACUUGGUACCAGAAGUUCCCAUCAGUAGCAAUCGAAGAUCACCUCUCAGUGCCUUUGACAUCCUUCGAUAUCCAGAGGCCAACAUGGAGAUUCUGGCAAGGGCUAUCCCAGAGCCCCUGAGAAAGCUUGCUGAAUGGAGGGAACUGUCAGAGAGAUUGAAAAUAGAAGCAUGAAGAUGAUCUUUGGCUACUGGUGAAGGGUUUCUCCGUUCACUGGAGGUUAACGAUGUCCAUAUUUGCUGCAGCGUCAAGCCUGGCAUGUACACAGGUUUGAAGACUGGCUGUUCCUCAGGUAUGAGCUGUUUCAUCUGCAAGGCUUUAUAACUUGUGGAACUGUUCUUGUUCGGGAAGACUUUUAACAUUACGUGAAAUCAUCGCUGUAAUUAAGCAGUUCCAUUUGUUGUCUAAAGAAAACCAUGUGCAGAAAGGCUAAAUAUCCUGUUGUAAAUAGCAAGGACAGAUCAGAUGUAGACAUCAUGCCAUCCUCACUCCAACUGACUGAUAGGGAUUUCUUACAAGACACAAGGUUUGGUUUUUAUGCGAAGACAAAGUGAGCUUGGAACCUCACGUGUCCUGUGGUCUUGGUGAGCUUGGCAGGGUGGGAAGGGCGGCACCAGAGGAGCUUGUCCUUGCCACUGAAGUCUGGACUGUGCUGUGAUGAAUUGCAUUUUGUGUUCCUGUAACCCAUCCGGUAGGCAGGGAGGGCAGGAUGCAUGAUGUUGGCCUCACUCAUUCACACAUACCAAAGGUCUUUGUUCUCUCUUUUAGUGUGAUGCUUUUUUUUCCCCUCUCCUGCAGGACACAAGCCCAGUGAUCACCAAUGGUUGCUAAGCCAGAUGAUUUCCUCCUACCUGUACCAUCUUACCUUGUACCAUAUUUGUUUGCUAUCACAGAAUAGCACAGGUUGGAAGGGACCUCUGGAGAUCAUCAAGUUCUAACCUGUGCUAAAGCAGGUUCCCUACAGUGGGUCGCACAGAAAGGAGCCUAGACAGGUCUUGAAUAUCUGCAGAGAAGGAGACUAGCUUUCACUUAUACAGUACUUGAACGUUCCCCACCCAAUUGCUUCAUCUUUUCUUUAUUUUUGCCUGGAAGAUAAGAGAAAAAUAGGAAGCUGGGUUAUGCCAGGAGACAGUCCAAGUUGUUGCCACUUAAUCUUAAAUGUUCACACAGCUGCUGCAGUCAUUGCAAGGAUGCAAUGGUGACUGUACUAAAUAGCUCUUCUGAGUGCCCUGCUUUGUUGGCCCUCUCAAACGCAGGUUUGUCUCCCAUCUGAGCAUCCCCUUGCCCUUGGGCAAGUAAUGAUCUUCACCUGAAUUCAUUUUAGAUGCUCAGGAGUUUACCAGCUCUGAUAUCUCCACCUCCCGGCUGUGCUCUGCUGCUCAACGAUGUGCAUCUCCAGACCAGCAGCUUAGCGAUGGUAGCAGGAAUCAGCUGUCUGCUAGGAGCUACUCUCUCCUCUGGGUAGGUGCUGUCUGUGAUUUCUCCUGAACUCUGUGCUGUGCAGAGGCCUUCCAAAUGCUUGCAGAGCAGUUAUUGUCGUGACUUUACAGGGCUGGUGAGAAACAGAACGUGUCUUUCCUCUCUUGGGCUGAAAGUUAGUGGUGACUGACAUCAGGGCUGUGGGAGACUGCACUGAAAUUGCUAUCACAAAAUGGGCUGGGAAAAAAAAAAAAAAAGAUUCUUCAUCUUUUGUUGCUUUUACCACAGGGUGGUGCUUUAGGAAAAAAACAAAACCAACCCUGAUGUUUUCAUCUUUGUUGUCUUUUAAACUACAGUAUAGGCUUAACCCUGCAAGUCUGAGGAAGGAGACAGAUGACAGAUGGGGCUUCCCAUCACAGGCUUUCUGCCUCCCUCGUCGCCAUCAUUUAAUGACCAAAUGUGCAGCCCAGGCCUUGCCUCUGUACUGAGGGACCCAGUGGUGGUAAAUAUUGUAGCUUGAAAGCCAGAAGCUGCAACUCUUUCACCUCUUGGCACGCUGAAGCCUCUGUAUGUUGGCAAGGAGUGCUGUCUCCCUGGGUGCUCGGUUGUGAGCCACAGACUCAGGCACAUCAGCUUCCCCAGCCGUGUCCCUGUGGAGCACACCCUAUUGGAGCACAGUACAACGUCGGCUGAUGUUGCAACAGAGGUGGGAGGCAGAUGUGUGAGGGGUGAAGGCUUUCAUUGCUGGCAUCUUCCACACCUCCCGGCACAAGCCCCAGGAGGCGUGUUUCCAGGCACCGCUGGGGUCUGGAUGAUACGCAUAAUUAUUCCUGUUCCGAGCUUAAUGUGGGUGACUAAGGAGCAGGCAUGGAGCCAGACAGGAAACGAGCUCCCUCUGUGGCUUACAGACCAGCCAGCACUGCGGGGAGCUGACAACAGGCUUGUGACAAGUCACCUCGGUUGCGCAUUUCACGUGGCUUAACUUGAGAACUGCCACGUAUGGCCAGUGUUACAGGUGUAUGGGAUUUCUGGAGCCCAUACGAGUAGCGAGGCAGCUGGCACUGCUGAGCUGGCCACUUCCAGCUGGUUCCGUCCUUGUCCCACAGCACACAGUGAGACUUUGGUCCCUGUCUACAGCUCCCAGGACACAGGUGGGCGGCGGGCGUGAGCUGGGAGCAGCUGACCCAGAGGGACCCCAUUGUGCUGUGCACGUGGCUCAGCCCCCUUGGCUUUAUUGUUUGUGCAGGAAUUCAUAGGAUUCCUGCCCAGAAGUGAGUCGUAGGAAUUACCCAAGCAAAGAAGUGGCUGUGAUAGGGCAGAGGAGCUUGGCUCUUCUUCAGGUUUGCUGUUUAUUUUCCCUUUACAUCCCCCUUCUUCCCCAAAGAGCUAGUGCUGCUGUCCAGAAAUGCACUCUGCUGGCAGGCUACAUAAUGCUGGUUAUUAUUACUAGAAAUAAAAGCCAAGUAACAGCAAACCUAUAAUUAUGCUUAAAUUAAUCUAUUUCCCCCCCCUCUGGAUAAAGCCAUUUAAGGGCCUGUUUGUUUUAUACAGACGCAAUUUUAGCACCAACAAGCCUACAUUUCUUUCUCCAAGAUACCCAUGUCCUGUUAGCAAAGCCACACUUCAGCUUAUAAAACUACAUAUUUACUGAAGCCAUUUGUUUUUUCUCUGUUUACUAAGAAGCUAGCUUAGACUCCAGCUUCAAAACAGUAACUGCAGAUUUUUAAGCCCUAAAUGAUCCUUUCAAUAGCUAAUAAUAAUAAUAAUAAAAGAGAAAGCUGUCAUAACCUUUUUUUUUAAUAUAUAUGGCUACAGUGACCACAAAAUGGUGGAGUUCAAAAUCCUCAGGGUGUCAGAGAGGGUGCAUAGCAAGCUUGCUACUCUGGGCUUCAGGAGAGCAGACUUGGAACUCUUCAGGGAACUGCUUGGCAGAGUGACAUGGGAGAAAGCCCUGGAGGGAAGAGAGGCCCAAGAAAGCUGGUCAAUAUUCAAGAACCAUCUUCUCCUAGCCCAGAAGCAUUGCAUCCUGAGAAAAAGGAAGGCAGGCAAGAACGCCAGGAGGCCUCUGUGGAUCAACAAGGAGCUCUUAGACUUACUUAAAGUCUAUAGGGAGUGGAAGCAGGAACAGGUUGCCUGGGAGGACUGCAACGUUGUCAGAGCAGGCAGGGAAAAAGCUAAAACCCAGACAGAAUUAAAUCUAGCCAGGGACAGCGAGGGGACCAAGAAGAAAUUCUACAGGUAUAUCAGUGAUAAAUAGAAUGUCUGGGAGGAUGUGGACCCUCUCCGGUCGGAAACUGGAGAUCUGGUCACAGGAGAUAUGGAGAAAUCUGAGGUGUUCAGUGACUUCCUUGCCUCAGUCUUCACUGACAAGGGCUCUAGCCACAAAGUCCAAGUUGCAGAAAGCAAUGGUAAGAACUUGGAAAAGGUAGAUCUGCCUGCUGUAAGUGAAGAUCAGGCUCGAGACCAUCUGAAGGUGCACAAGUCCAUGGCACCUGACGAGAUCUUUCCCUGGGAUCUGAGGGAACUGGUGAAUGAAGUUGCCAAGCCGCUACCUGAAAGGACGUGGCAGUCUGGUGAAGUUCCCACUGAUUGGAAAAGGGGAACCACAACCUCCAUUUUCAAGAAGGGAAAAAAAGAAGAUCCAAGGAACCACAGGACAAUUAGUCUCACCUCUGUGCCUGACAAGAUCAUGGAACAGAUCCUCCUGUAGGCUCUACUAAGGCAGAUGGAAAAUAAAGAUGAGGUAAUCGAUGGUAACCAACAUGGCUUCACCAAGGACAAGUCACUCCUGACAAACGUGGUGGCCUCUUAUGAUGGAGUUACAGCAUCAGUGAUAAAGAAAGAGCAACUCAUAUCAUCUACCUGGACUUGUGCAAAGCAUUUGACACUGUCCCACAUGGCAUCCUGUUGUCAAAUUGGAGAGAAAUGGAUUUGAUGGAUGGACUACUCUCUGGAUAAGGAAUUGGUUGGAUGGUUGCACUCAGAGAGUUGUGAUCAACAGCUCAGUGUCCAAGUGGAAACCAGUGAUGAGUGGCAUUCUGCAGGGAUCGAUGUUAUUUAACAUCUUUGUAGGCAACAUGGACAGUGGGAUCGAGUGCACCUUCAGCAAGUUUGCAGAUGGCACCAAGCUGAGUGGUGCAGAUGACACAGUAGAGGGAAGGGAUUCUAUCCAGGGGGACCUGGACAGGCUUGAGAGAUGGACCAAUGCCAACCUCAUGAAAGUUCAACAAGCCAAGUGCAAGGUCCUGCAUAUGGGUCAGGGCAAUCCCAAGCACAGAUACAGUUUGUGCAGAGAAUGGCUUGAGAGCAGUCCUGAGAAGGAUUUGGGAGUGUCGAUUGAUGAAAGAUUCAACAUGAGCUGGCAGUGUGCACUUGCAGCCCAGAAGGCCAACCGUAUCCUGGGUUGCAUCAAGAGAAAUGUGACCAGCAGGUCAAGAGAGGGGAUUCUGCCCCUCUACUCUGCUCUCAUGAGACCCCACCUGGAGUACUGCGUCCAGUUCUGGGGACCCCAACACAAAAAAGGACAUGGAGUAGUUGGAGCAGGUCCAGAGGAGGGCCACGAAGAUGAUCACAGCUUUAAGGUUCUUUCUAACCCAAGCCAUCCAAUGAUUUGAAGAAAUUUCAGUCAGGACUGCAAUAGAAGCUCUCCUGGAGGGGAAGGAUGAAUGGCCUUUCCGUCAUGGUGUGGCCUUGUGGUAGGCUGUGUCACUGGGUAGCCAACAGCUGCACAGCAGGGCCCUGCGUGUGGGAAGAUGGGCUCCCUUCUGGCUCUUCCAGUUUGUACUGAAUAACUUCUUAGAUUUCACAGGCCAAAAAGGAAAAGUUGAUUGUAACUGCUGCAGGCAGGGCAGGCAGGCAGGCAGGCUCCUGACUGAAGGGUGAGCUGGCUCCAGUUAUUUCCAGUGACCGCAGCAGAUAAAAGCAGCACCUUAAUCAGCCAGCCUGGGUGUGCUCUGGGCCUCACUGAGUGGCUGCUCUUGCAGAAGGACUUUCAGUUUGCUCAACUGCUUUGCUCAGGAGAGGCAGGAGCCUUUCUGAAGUAACUCCAUCAACACAGGGAGGGUAAAUCUGUUCCUACAGCAUGUUCCUUGAAAGCACACGUUUGGCCCUGCAAGUUUAUUGAGAGGAGGGGAAAAAAAAAAGAAAAAAAAAAAAGGAAGAGGGCAGGUUUUAAACAAAUAAACUGCACAAAUUCAGAACUGCUAAACAUGGAGGUGCUUUACUGGGAAUGACCAAGAAGGCUGAUGGCAUCCUGGUUUGUACUGUGAGUACUGGUGAGUACUGUGUUCUGUACUGUUCGAGUGAACUGUGUUCAGUUUUGCGCCCCUCACUGCAAGACUCCACUGAGGCCCUGGGGCAUGUCCAGAGAAAGACAACGAAGCUGUGAGGUGUCUGGAGCACAAGUCUCGUGGGGAGCAUCUGAGAGAACUGGGAUUAUUUAAUCUGGAGAAGAGGAGGCUCAGGGGAGAGCUUAUAGCUCUCCACAACUACCUAAAGGAAGGUUGUGGCGAGGUGGGGGUCGGCUGCUUUUCCCUGGUAACAGCAAUAGGAUAAGAGGGAAUGGCCUCAAGUUUCACCAGGGGAAGUUCGGGUUGGAUAUUAUGAAAAAUUGCUUCUCCAGAAGAGUGGUCAGGUGCAGGAAUGGGCUGCCCAGGGAGGUGGUUGAGUCACCAUCCCUUGGGGUGUCCAAGAAAUGUGUAGAUGUAGUACUUAGAGACAUGGAGUGGUGGGCAUGGUGGUGGUGGGUUGACAGUUGGACAAGAUGAUCUUGGAGGUCUCUUCCAACCUUAAUGAUUGUAUGAGUGGGAUUUAAGUGAUGUUAACACAGAAGUUGCAGUCACCGAGUGAUGUUCCACAGGGCAGUUGCUCUCCCAUCCACUCCUAGAGCUCUCCUGGGUGUCACCCGGCAGCUUUUGAGGAAAAUACAUGUUCAGCUGUCACCUCACCAGUGCGGAGAAGCUAGCAGAUUUAAAUUAUGUUGUGUAAACAUUUGAAGCAUAAAGGAUUAAAGAAUUACUAAUACAUAGGCAGGGAAAGUAAACUCAUUUGGGGGGGAAAAAAGGGAUAUUACAAUGUAACUGAUUUAUGACACACAAAUCAUCCGAGCGUACUCAACAGUAUUCAGAAAAGCCUAAGAGCACCAGAGCUGCUGUCUUUAUGGGAACUGAUAGGUUUUUCCAUCCAUCAGGUUUUCCUUUGGCUCUGCACCCUUGAUGCUCUCUUAUUCCUGAAGCAAACAUUCAGCUUCCCCCAUUGUAAAGCAUUAGGAGCAUUACAGGAGAAAUGAUAAUGCAACCCAAGGUCACCAUUACUUCUGUUUAUUCUUCCAUGCGGUUUUUGAUUUGGCUAUUGUUUAAGGUUUGCAAUUUCAGAGGGCUAAAUUCCUGAACAGAAAGAAUUGCUUCGUGCGGUCAAACUACAUGAAGGACUUUAAACUAAAGGUAUGGAAUCUCAUACACUCGGAGAUGAUGAGACUGAUAGGACUUUGCACUGAGGAGAGAGGAAAUGAAUCUGGUGAAAGGAGCUUGGGACAUAGCAGCCACCUUGAGAAGGAGCUCAGACAGAGAAGCACUGACCUUGGAGGGCUGGCGAAAAAGAAACUGACUGAUCUGGAGAGGAUUCUCUAUGUUAGAUCCAGGAGCAAAAAGAUAAACAGAUGUGUGAAAAGCCAGUGAGUGAGACUUUGCAAAGGAUGUUAGAGAACCAGUAUGAAGCUCUGCAGCCACCCUCAUAAAGGUAAAGAAGGGGAUGGAGUAGUGUUUUUGAAGGAAGCAUGUAGCUCAUCACAAAAUUCAGCCUAGGUCACCCAAUGCUUUUUUGACUUAGUCUUCGUCAAUCCUUCUCCUGGACCUUUCCUCUCAAGGCCGGCAGCAGUGCAAGUGCACAAACAUGACCUCAGCCUGCGUUGAUGCAGAGGGUUUGAAAAAAAGAAAGAAGAAAGGCUCAGCCUCCAUCUUUCACAGCAGGUAAGGCUCCUACACGCAGUUACUCUGGGGAUCAGUGAAAAUGACUUUCAAGAGUUUGUAGUUGGUUGUUGCAGAACCCAGAACACAGUGCCCAGGUGCCACUGGGGAGGCAGGGGCUGGCCAGCCCCACUAAUGGCCUCCUGCCACCUCCCCAGCCCCAGAUAGGCACCACACAGUUAACCAACAUAAAUGAAUAUCGGAUGAUUUGUGUUUGUCCUUUAGACCAAAUUCAUGCUGUCCUUAAAAGGACGCUGAAGCAGACAGUGUUGAUGGGGAAAAGGGUAUUGCCCUGCAGUGGUUUUUUACAACGUAUUUUUUUUCUCUCUUUGCUAAAUCUAAAAAUAUGCAUCUUAGAGAAAUAAUCAGAAAUGUGAGAAAUAAUCAGAAAUGUGACUAAAAUGAAGGCUGUCAUGUCCCCGCUCACCCAAGGGAAGGCCAAGCAGGAAGUCACCUGGCCACGGCAGGAAGUCACCUGGCUACAGCUGGGAUGGUUGCGCUGCUUCAUUUCUCAGCACAGACUGGGCUUUGCUGUAUCCAGGUCUCUCCACGCCUUGCCACAGACAUUUCUGCAGUAUUUCUCUGUACCCAGAACCCUCCAGAAUCCCAAAGCAUCCAUCACCAACUAGGAAGGGAAUUAGUUUCAGUCUUUCAGCACCGUUGCCAUCAUCAGCCAUAAAACUCAGCAAUAAAAUUAAUAUUCCAGUCGGUUUUCUUCAUCCUGCAAGCUACCUCAACACUGCUGCAGCAACAGCCCUCACGUUAUAGGACAGCAGGAAAGGAGUUAGGGACAGCUGUAAGAGUCACUUGGAGAAAAAAAGCAGUCAGAAUACAAAUACAGUUCUCAGCUGUUAACAUUUAUUAGAAGUUUGACUGAAGUAGCUUUGAUUUCCAAGUACUGUUUACAAAAGUCCAACCAUUUCCCCAUGUAGUCAAAGAUUAAUAAAGGAACCAAGAUGGCAUGUCAUUAAUUAGUGCAUAGAAAGGAGAACUACUCUACAAUAGAGAAAAAAAAAAGAGUUGGUGUGAAAUUGAGGUUUAAUACUUGCAAGCUGCUGAUAGCAUCAUAGGCAGAGCAUUCGUGAGUUUAACUAUGUAAUGUUGUUAGCCCCAGUGCUGCCGGUCCCUCUAGGCUUAACGUUUUCUCUUCUACAGUCAGAACCACCCCUUGAACUACAAGUGUUUGGAUUCCAAAGCUUCCGGGGGGUUUCCUGGCCAGCUUUUGAGCCCGACUGGAUGUGCAAUUUGAAUAUGAAAUCAUCUCCCAGCAGCCUUUGCAGCUGCCACGUUCAGCAGUUUUCAUUAUAGAAGAAAUAGCUGAAGAGCUUCAAUAAGCUACAAUGUUUGCUGCCCUCCCUUCAGCUUUUGCUGCUUUAGAUUGCGUGCAGAUACUUCAUGUGCCCCAAUGCCCCCAGGCUUCAGUUUGAACCAGUUGCUUACUGCAAGUUAUUUUCCGAACUGCAACACAGCAAGGACACCCAGCUUAAGACAAUGCUGUCCAAAGAACACAGAGGAACUGCAAACAGAAUGGCUUGAUAUUGCACAUCCUGACCCUGCUGGCCAAACCAAACAUCCUACUAUCCUUUAAGACUCUUGGGCGAGGUAGCAGGAAUGCGUAAGAAACCUCAUACAUUGCUGCACUGUAGAUACAGUGUGCUAAAGCACGUUUCAUCCCAAUUAGAACUUCCUGCUUUGCUGAACCUAUUUGACUGAAGAAGAGCCUAUUUAAGUGCUCUUAAUAUAGAAUGUAGGCUUGGAAGAGCCUAUUUAAGUGAAAAAAAGCAUGCAAAGAUUUGGCAAGAUUUUUCAGCUUUAUUAUGGCAACAGUAGAUAUCUUCAGUUGUUAAAUACUUGAGGAUACUAACGAACCUUCAGAAGAAGAAUCUAAGUACUGCCAUCACAAUCCUUUGCUACAUUCCAGCACGUGCUACUGAGAUGUAUGUGCUGCAGCCAUUGCUUCGAACUGCAGUCAGUACACCUACACACUCAAAUACGGUGUCAAUUCUCCAAGACGUUUAAGAAAUAGAACAUGAGCCAAAAGGGGCAAGGAGCAAAAAGCAUAAGAAGUAGUAAUAGCAGCUUAGGAUCAUCCAAGCAGUACAGAUGCAGACAGCGCAGGCACACAGCUAAAGAAGGGAAGGAAAACAAACAGCAAAAUAUAGCAGUAACUCAAACUAUGCUUUUUUAGAAGAGGUGUUACAGACAACAGAACAAACAUAUGGUGCCAUGGAAGAGCAACCCUUCAAAGAUACAGUGUUAUUUUCAAGCUUACUUGGGGAUGCUGUGGGGGAAGCAUGUUAAGGGUUAGUAACACAGCUGCAUCAUUUAUGCAAGUCAGCUCUAUUAUCCAUUAACUGCUUGCCUACAUUUAGCAAUUCAGAUCAAGCCUGCCAUUUUAUUUCAGAACCAUCACCUAACAUAGCUGGUAUUUCAUACAUCCCACAAUGUUCAACUCUUUACCUAGCAACUAAUGGUAAUUUUCUGUUGACUCAUUAUGCAAUUCCACUACAUGUGACGACCCAACCGUUAAGACAUGAAGCGUUAGUCUCACCCUGCCCCUUGGUACUGACCUAACCCCUGUGCAUUUGUCAUAUUGCCCUGGGAAAUGCAUCAGUAUGUUCUUCAGCCCUUGUAGAAACUCCUGUCACCCCCAAAUUCAAAGCCAUGAAGCAGGAUAAGUGAACAGCAUCCUGUUGGAAGACAGUAAAAUACCUGCCAGCUCUCAGCCUUGUUUUUGAAGUAAAAACCAAGCGAGAUUCUUUAACAGUCGGUGCUUCAGAGAUUGCCUGACAUCACAACGCAUUUUUUUUCCUCCUCAUUUAGUUAUGGAAUGUUUUGCAAUGUAUUAUAAAUCACUCAAGACUAAAAAAAGAUGUUUUAACCUUGAAAAACCUCCCCCUGAUCUGAGGAAAAACCUACUUCUAACUGCAGUCAGAAAGGUGCAUGCGUAAGACUAACACAAACCCAGCACGAGUUCAUUCCUUAUGCUUCUCGGCCUUUUUGUUCACACAACUUCCUGCUGACAGUGAGUUUUCUUGGUUUACUCUGUGCACCACAGAACGCACCAAUACAGUGUGCCUGGAUUUGUGUUACUCAACCUACAAACCAUCUUGUAACAAAAAGAAAGCACCGCAGAAGGGGAAUUUUUAAGGCUUACAUACAGCUGAACAUUAAUCCUCAGCUGAUUUUUACUCUUCAGAAACAAAAAUGAGAUUCUUUACAACCUCAGAACACGCUCAAUAAAUGCUCUUUUCUUAUCCCACAAGGCCCAUAUGUAGUUGUUUUUUCUUUCCUGAAAGGUUAAUAUUAACCCAAAGAACACAGAGACAUAGCAUUGAACUUUGUUUUAAUGGUCUCAAAUUCUGUGACAGAUUUUUGGUCAAGUUUCCAUUUUAAAAAAUUAAUCGAUUUUAAAGACUAAUAACUUAAACUGCCACGAAACAAAUGGUCCACAAACAUUCCUUUCCUUCUGAAGCUUUUACGAUGCAUUGUAAUCAUUAACCAGUCUUUUACUAUUAAACUUAAAUGGCCAAUUGAGACAAACAGU